AGGGCUGCUCAUUCUCUCCCAGAGGGUGGUGGCCCAGGGUGACCUGGUGAGGUGGGUGGAGGGGAGCGUAGGACUGCUCUGCCUCCCUCCUGACUGCUCCCAAUAUGAAAUGAAGGGGAGGUGGAGGAAAGAAAAAUGGAGAGUCCUCCGCCCAACAGCACCAGUCCUGAAGACGUGAGAGGCUCAAAGGCUGCGGUGUCAGAGGAAAAUGCAGAGAUUAAGGAGCCAGUGCAGGAGCUGGAAUGUCAACGCAUGCUGCUCUCUGCAGAGCACACUGCGAUCUGCCCCAAACUGGGGACAAACCUAACAGUGAGGCAUUGUGAGGAGGAGGACACACAACAGGAGGAGGAGGAAGAACAAGUGAAGGAGGAGGAGGAGCAGAAGGAAGAGAAGGAGGAGGAGGAGGAAGGAGUGGAGGAGGAGGGGAAUGAACAAGUGGAGAAGGAGGAGCACAAAGGAGUGGAGGAUGACGAGAAGGAGCAGGACAAGCAGGUGGAGGAGGAGGAUGAACAACUGGAGGAGGAGGAACAGAAGACACAGGAGAAGGAAGAGGAUGAUGAACAAGAGGAGGACGAUAAAGGAGAUGAGGAUGAGGAGUACUGGAACCAGGAGGAGGAGGAGAAGGAGGAAGUUGAACAAGUGGGAGUGGAGGAGAAGGAAGAAGGAGAGGAAAAGAAGGAGGAGGAGCUGGCAGGGGAGGAGGAAGUGGAAAUGGAGGAGGAGGAGCAAGAGGAGGAGCAAGAGGUGGAGGAGGAGGAGAACAAGGAGCAGGAGGAGGAGGAAGAGCAGCAGGAGGAGGAUGAACAUACCCCACAGCUAUUCUCAGUGAAGGGAGAGGAGCAGGAGGAGGUUCUCUGCCUGCAAGAAGACUGCAGGUCCUGUCAGGGCGAGUUCCAGGGCACUGCACAGAGCCAUGGUGAGGAGCCCACUGUGGGAUCCCCACACUCCAAGGAUGUUGCAGCCUCAGAUGAGCAGUGUGGUCCUGCAGAGGGGAGCCCCGCACACACUGAACAGCCUCCAGUUGAAGAGGCUGUGGUCGAGUGCCCCCCAGAACCCCAGCUGCUUGAGAAUGAGAAUCUGCACAGGGCCCUGGCUUGGGCCUUCACCCCUGAGUCAGUGAUUUCUGCUUUGGAACAGCACUGAGGAGUAGGAAACCAUAGAACCCAAUGCUCGGUGCCCUCUUUCCCCCAUUCAGUCCCUGCUUCCCUGUCCCUCCUCUCCUGACUCUUUUCCUGCCAGAAAAACUCCACCAAUUUAUUUCUUCCUAGAGAUAUUUGAAUUCCAACAAUUCUUUAAAAUAUCAAACAAUGUACGUUUAUUUCAAUAAAAAUGAA